UAUCUCGGUAUUGGGCUAAGAUUGGCAUUCCAAUACUUUGGAGAAACCCGUUUAAAUUUUGUACUAAAUCUGGAAUCAAAUCAUUGAAAGAAUUUAUUUAUACUAGUUUUUAUUUACAAAAUAAUUCAGAAAUGCAAAAUCUAUUUCUUUUUCCGUAUCUUUCAUAUAUAAAAGAAGUGAAUAUUUUUCAAAUCAAAAAUAUCUUUAAAGAUAAUCAUACACAAUCAUAUAUAUUUAAAUUAUUAUUCAUAUCUUCGAAUAUAAUUAAUCAUGUUAUCAUUGAUAAAGAGUUUAAAAAUUUUAAAGUUUUGAAUGAAUACAUGAAAGAUCAUAAGAUUCAUUUAGAAGUAAGAUUUGAUUCAGAAGAAAAGAUAGAUGAUUUAAAAAUACUUGAAAUAUCAGAUGAUAAAUAUAAGUUAGAUAUAUUAUUCUUUGAUAGAUUAUUAAUCACAGAUACAACAAAAGUUACAAUGAGAAUAUUGUAA